CGCAUCAUUAUCCAUUCUCCAUUUGACAGCCACCAAACUGGCGACUCCACACAACCGGUCUCCGUUCGCAGGCGGUUCUAUAUGGGACCCCUCUGACGAAGAAUGGGCCGAAGUAGACGCCUACCGCAUCGCCAACACCUUUAUCGCGUCCUUCAAGAACCCCGGGCAAAAAAAUGGUGUAUCUAGUCCGCAAAAAGACCGCAGUGCCUUGUCGCGCCUCACCUCCACCAUAACCUCUCUCAUCCCCCUCUCCCCAACCAAAAAUACCGCCCAAGAAACCCCCGAAGAAGAACCCAACCUCCGCGAAAAACUCUCUAUGCUCCAAAACACCUACUACACUUCUCCCUCGGGCGACCUCAGCGACUCAAUAAUGCGUACCUGUUUCCUCCUGCGCUCCCGCAUCUUCACCUCGACCUCCUCCUCGCCCCGAACCAUGCACGUCAUCGACCUCUUCGCCUACUUCACCACCAAGGACCCACUCUUACAAACCGCCCACCCACGCCUCUGCGAUGCAACCGCCACAAUCCUAAGCCACACAAACAUUGCGUGCAUAACCGCCUUUCUCAACCCAUCCGUCCAAGAAUUCACAUAUAAACGGGAAGUCGAGGGCCGGAAAGGCGGAACCACCUUACUCAUCCGACGACAUCGAAAUAGCAUCAUCGCAGGAUCCUACCGCAACCUCGGCUUCUCCCUCCAAUGGAGCUUAUACGUCCGAAGCAGAUUUAAUGCGCUGGGACAGUGGUACGAUGAGUAUGCUGCACCUGCAUGCGGGACUACGCCCGUGGUAGGCGGUGAGGUGAUGUGGGAUGUUUUCACGCCAGACGGUGUUAUAUCAGGUGAUGGGCAGCGGGGGAGCCGGUGUGCCGAGAAGGCAGAUUGCGGUGCGGAUGCCACGUCCCAGGGGGCCGUGGGAUUUAGAUUGAAAGAAGGAGAUGGAGAUGGAGAUGGCGAGGAUCAUGGUGGGAAAGAUGCAAAGCUUGCGUUGUAUCAGAGUAGGAUGCUCGCACGGUAUUUGGUGUGGGAUGUUUGGGUGAGGCUGGAAGGGAGGUAUGAGUGUAGGGCUACAUGGGAGGCUGAUGGGGAAGUCAACACGGUGAGGUUGAAACGAGGGCUUGUUGGGUUUGAUGGCGAUGAUGAUGAGGAUGAAGAAGUAAGUAGGCAAAGUGAAUAUUGCAUGUCACGUGAAGCAGACAAGAGAUAUGUAUAAACAAAAAGAAGC